AUGGCAAAGUGUGUCACCGUCGCGCUCCUGCUACUGGUGGUGCUCGUGUCCUGCGAAGGGAGGGAGCUGAAAGAGAAGAACGGCGCACUCGCAGCUACACGCGGUGCCGGUGCAGGUGGCGGCAUCGACGAGUCGAAGAUUUUGGGGUUGCCUGAGUUGCCGCUUACCACAACCAUUACGGGCCCGGUGGUGGUGCUUCCUGCACUUCCUGGGAUCCCUGCUCAUCCAUGA